AUGCCGCCAGCGGCCAAACGGCGGGUCCGCGGGAAACGCUCAGAUGCGGGAUUCCCCAAAGUGGAUCGAAAAACUCCGGAAGAAAGCAAGAAGGGUGGGAAAAGGGGAGCAGCAGAGGCCAAGAGAGAUCCCAAAGAGGCAGCAGCGGCUCAGGAUCUCUGUCAACUCUUAGGUUGGUCCGGCAAAUCCCUUCAACGUGCCCUGAAGCUCCUGAAAGGCUUGUCUCCGUCCCAGCGAGAACGCAGAGGCCACCGAGCCUGGAUGCAGAUGAUCAAGCGAGAGAAGCCCAAGGCGAGCAACCAGCUGAAUGAAGGGGCGCUUUGUGUUUCGCCUCGUCCGAGCAAGCGACCGAAGCGUCGGAAGCCUCGACACCAGGAGUUCUUGCCUGAGGUGCUUUGCUUGAAGAUUUCGAAUUUCCUCAGCUGCGUCGAUCUGGCCAGCUUUCGAAGGGUCUCCCGCUUUAGCCAUGAGGUGGUUCAGGAUUCACUCUGGCAGCGCUGCCGCAUGUUCGCCUGCCCCUGCCCCGAGACAGUGCUCGGAGGCCGGAGGCUGUCGGCGAGGGGUCGACCCUUGAAGCGCUCAGGAGACAACAAGCCGCAGUGCCUGAGCAUAAGAUUUCUGCAACAGCCAAACCUUGCACAUUUCUUUGAAGAGUUAGACUUUGGUGAGAUGCUUGGAGAGGAUUUGCACAGCUUGGUCCCUGCCAUGUCUUUGAUGAGGCAUCUCAAAGCAGUCCAGUUGCCUGCCCGUGGUUGGAGCGAUGGGAAGUCCCGCAAUCAACUUCUGAAGUUUUUCGAAGAACGAGGGAUUUCUGUCAGAUCGUGA